AUAAAAAAGAGAAAGAGAGUUUCAUCACUAAGGAUUAGGGUUUAAAGAGACGCACUCUUGCUAUUUGUUUUCAGUUUCGGUGGUGUCGUAGCAGCGAAGCUCGGAGCUUAGUUUCUGACUCGAAGAUGGCAAGAGGAUUGAAGAAGCAUUUGAAGAGGCUCAAUGCCCCAAAGCAUUGGAUGCUUGACAAACUGGGUGGUGCAUUUGCUCCUAAGCCCUCAUCUGGACCCCACAAAUCUAGGGAAUGUUUGCCACUUAUACUCAUAUUGCGAAACCGUCUGAAGUAUGCUCUGACAUACCGUGAAGUCAUUGCUAUUCUGAUGCAGCGACAUGUCCUUGUUGAUGGCAAAGUCAGGACAGACAAGACAUAUCCUUCUGGUUUCAUGGAUGUUGUAUCUAUCCCUAAAACAAAUGAGAACUUUCGCCUGCUGUAUGACACAAAAGGUCGAUUCCGUCUCCACUCAGUCAGGGAUGAGGAGGCUAAGUUCAAGCUCUGUAAGGUUCGCUCAGUGCAGUUCGGGCAGAAAGGUAUCCCAUACCUGAACACCUAUGAUGGUCGAACUAUCCGCUACCCAGAUCCUCUCAUCAGGGCCAAUGAUACCAUUAAGCUAGAUUUGGAGGAAAACAAGAUUGUUGAUUUCAUCAAAUUUGAUGUGGGUAAUGUAGUCAUGGUGACCGGUGGAAGGAACAGAGGGCGUGUUGGAGUGAUAAAAAACAGGGAGAGGCAUAAGGGUAGCUUUGAGACUAUCCAUGUUCAGGAUGCCACUGGGCAUGAAUUUACAACUCGUAUGGGCAAUGUGUUCACUAUUGGCAAGGGCACGAAACCAUGGAUAUCUCUUCCCAAGGGUAAAGGUAUUAAGCUAUCAAUCAUUGAGGAAGCUAGGAAAAGGAUUGCUGCCCAACAAGCAACUGCUGCUUAAACCUUUUUAGGAUAUGAAUAGACUUGAGUGCUUGGUAUUUUUUGUUCAAUGGUUUUUGUUUCUAAUUUAUUUUUCUCGAGAUUUUAUCUGUUGAAUUUUGUCUCUUAAAUGCACUAUAGAACUUUUAUUGUGGCGGCUAUAUUCAUGAAGGAAUCUUUCCAUUCCUGGUUUUGAUGUAGUUUAAAUCGGAUAAAUUACUUAAGCAAGUCCACUCUAAAGAAAUAUCGGAAUAACUUCUCUUGGGAAGGGAUCAUGUUGCUA